AUAACGGCACUCACUUUCAAGACCUCCGAGGUGCGGGAUCCGCCGCAAUCUCAGUCGACGAAGAGACGCCGUCUCGUGUGGAUCAACAGGUGUUCAUACCCGUGCGACCAGCGUUCACCAGCAUGGGGACCGCGUACGUCUGCUGUAUGGUGGCCAUGCUCGCCAUGCUCUUCGUCGCGACGACGGAGGCCGGCGACAUGAUGCGUAAGAGCAUCGUUUUCGACAAGAACACGCCAGACGUGUUCUACUGUCCGCAACAGAAGCCGACGGGCUUCAAGAAGAUGAUCGUUAACGCGAAACCGUUGUCCAAACUUUGCCAGUUCGAGGGCAAACCGAUACCCGUCGAUUAUAAGAGCGACUGCUACAACGACGUGGACGAGACCGAGUACGCUUGCAAAGAAAAAUACAGAAUCAUGAAGCGAUUCAGAAACGUGGAAGGGGAUGAGAAAACUGCGGACGACUUCGUCAAGAAAUAGAUGAGAAUCGGUGCUGCACGGCCGAACUACGUUUGCAAUUUUGCAACGCGCCAUUAAGCCCUACGCUAAUGCUCAAGCUUGAAUCCUGCAGUCCCAUAAUUAUAAUGCACUUUACUUUUAAAUCGAGACCGCCAUCCCUUUCGAUGCCACUUCGGCUGGACGGUCGGAUACCUUUGGAAGAGUUUCUGAUUAUUGAAUACGUAGUUAGCGCAAAGUGUUCCGUUUAGCGUUCCAAUAGUUUUCUUUUCGUUUUCAUUCAUUGAACAGGAUUUGAAAUAGUUCUCGUCGAGUCAACUUGGAAAUUUGUAUUUUUAUUAUUGAGAGAUUCAGAGCAUACCGAGGAUCAAGUGCUAAGGUGCUUUGUAGUUUCCAGGCUUAAUGGAUGAUUUGUAUUUUUGACAGUAACAUUAAUAAAACUAACCAUAUUGGA